AUGGCGACUCAAAAACUGACAGACUACGAGAAAAAGAGACUCGAAAACAUUCGAAGAAACGAUGAAAUGAUGGCUGCCCUUCAAAUCCACUCUAAAGUCUCUCUACUUUCUAAUGCCACCAAACGCCAAAGAGAUAGGUCAGAAAAGACAUAUAAAGUUAGUUCCGAGAAGAAACCCAAAAAAAACGAGACUCCAAUUGUUAUCAGACGAUCUUUGCGUGCGCGAGGAAUGCCGCCCGUUUCUAAUGGUUUAGAUGCUGAUUCUAAUGAGGAUUCUAAUAAAACAACUCUUAAUAAGACUUCAAUUAGUCCAGAAAAGCCUUCUCCACGUGUUUUGGGUCCUCUUAAAAUGAGGGAUUUUUAUGAGGGAAGUGUGUCUGAUAGAGCAUUUAUAGACACACUUUUGUCUUUUGAUAAGAAACCCAAAUUGGGUGUUAGACUUGAAGAGGAGUUUGAUUGUUUUAAGGUUGUAAAAGAGGAAGGAAAUGAUGGCGCUUUGUGCAAUUCGGCUAAGAGGAAGGUUAAAAGUGAGAAAUUGGAUUGUGGGAUUAAGUUAGAGAAGAGGGAAUUUGAGGGUUGUUUUGAUUUGGGAUCGAUGAGUUUGGAACCGGAGAAUAUUGCAAGGAUUAUGCCUGGGAGGAUAAUGACAGUGGGGUUUUUGCCGCGGAAUGAUGUAAACAUGGUUGCAGCUGGGGAUAAGUUUGGCAAUGUUGCAUUUUGGAAUGUGGAUAGUAAAGGGGAGGGAGGUGAUGGGAUAUAUUUGUAUCGCCCACAUAGUGGCCCAAUUUCUGGGAUUUUGUUCCAGCAGUCUUGUUUAUCCAAGAUCUUCACCAGCUGCUAUAAUGGAUAUCUCCGCUUAAUGGAUGCUGAAAAGGAAGUAUUUGAUCUGGUACACUCCUGUGAUGAUACUAUAUUUUCUCUUUCUCAACAUCCAAAUGAUGUGAAGAGCUUAUAUUUUGGCAAGGGUCAUGGAGGAUUGAGUGUCUGGGAUGAUAGAACAGGAAGGGUUUCAUCCCAAUGGACUCUGCAUGAAGACAGGAUCAACACCAUAGAUUUCAAUUCACAAAACCCUAACAUUAUGGCUACUAGUUCCUCAGAUGCAACUGUUUGUCUUUGGGACUUGAGAAUAGUGAAUGCUGGUAAACCCAAAAGUUUAAAGACAGUAAAACAUAAGAGGGCUGUGCAUUCUGCUUACUUCUCACCCUCUGGAAGCUCGCUUGCAAGCACAAGGUACAUAUCGCCGUUCAAACCACCAUUAAACUUUGAUUUUUUCAGUAUGCAAUCUGCUAAUUUUAUGGACAUGACGAAUGAGUGGUUGGCUUUAUGA